CCACACACAUUACUCAUUCAUAUUCUCCAUUUUCAAAGUUUUUUUAUUCAUCCAAAUUCUUUCAAUUCUCAUGGCUAUGCAAUCACCUUCCCGAGUGUUCCUCAGUUUCAGAGGCAGUGACACUCGCAACACUUUUACCGGUAAUCUCUAUAAGGCUCUUGUUGACAAGGGAAUUCGUACCUUCUUUGAUGAUAAUGAUCUUCAAAGAGGAGAUGAAAUCACACCAUCACUUGUCAAGGCCAUUGAAGAAUCUAGGAUUUUUAUUCCCAUAUUUUCUGCCAACUAUGCAUCUUCUUCAUUUUGUUUGGACGAACUUGUCCACAUCAUUCACUGCUACAAGACAAAGAGUUGCUUAGUAUUGCCCGUUUUCUAUGAUGUGGAACCUACUCACAUACGACAUCAGAGUGGGAGUUAUGGUGAGUAUCUUACUAAGCAUGAAGAGAGGUUUCAAAAUAACGAGAAAAACAUGGAGCGAUUGCGUCAAUGGAAGAUAGCUCUUACCCAAGCUGCUAACUUGUCCGGCUAUCAUUAUAGUCCUCAUGGAUAUGAAUACAAGUUUAUUGAGAAGAUAGUCGAAGACAUCUCCAACAAUAUCAAUCAUGUUUUUUUAAACGUAGCCAAAUACCCUGUUGGAUUACAGUCCCGAAUAGAACAAGUGAAAUUGCUUCUUGACAUGGGCUCUGAGGAUGUGGUCCACAUGGUAGGACUUUAUGGUACUGGAGGCAUGGGUAAAUCAACACUUGCAAAAGCAGUUUAUAAUUUUGUUGCUGAUCAAUUUGAAGGUGUAUGUUUUCUUCAUAAUGUCAGAGAGAGUUCAACUCUUAAGAACUUGAAACAUCUCCAAAAGAAGCUCCUUUCAAAAAUAGUUAAAUUUGACGGUAAGUUAGAAGAUGUUAGUGAGGGAAUACCAAUCAUAAAGGAAAGACUAUCUAGAAAGAAGAUUCUUUUGAUUCUUGAUGAUGUUGACAAACUGGAGCAGCUAGAGGCUUUGGCUGGAGGACUUGAUUGGUUCGGUCAUGGAAGCAGGGUCAUCAUUACCACUCGUGAUAAACACUUACUAGCCUGUCAUGGGAUUACAAGUACACAUGCAGUAGAAGAAUUGAAUGAGACAGAAGCUCUUGAAUUGUUGAGGCGAAUGGCUUUUAAAAAUGACAAAGUUCCUUCAACUUAUGAAGAGAUUUUAAACCGUGUAGUUACUUAUGCAUCUGGGCUGCCCUUAGCAAUAGUAACAAUAGGGGAUAAUUUGUUUGGAAGGAAGGUAGAAGAUUGGAAGCGUAUAUUAGAUGAGUAUGAAAAUAUUCCCAAUAAAGAUAUCCAAAGGAUACUUCAAGUUAGCUAUGAUGCUUUGGAACCAAAGGAGAAGAGUGUCUUUCUAGACAUUGCUUGUUGCUUCAAAGGGUGUAAAUGGACAAAGGUUAAAAAAAUACUUCAUGCUCAUUAUGGCCAUUGCAUAGAACAUCAUGUUGGAGUGUUGGCUGAAAAAUCUCUCAUAGGCCAUUGGGAAUAUGACACUCAGAUGACCUUACAUGACUUGAUAGAGGACAUGGGUAAAGAAAUCGUCCGACAAGAAUCUCCCAAGAACCCUGGAGAACGCAGUAGGUUGUGGUUUCACGAUGAUAUAUUUGACGUUUUAAGAGAUAAUACAGGAACUGAGAAUAUUGAAAUGAUAUAUCUCAAAUAUGGCUUAACGGCAAGAGAAACAGAGUGGGAUGGAAUGGCUUUCAAUAAGAUGACAAAUCUCAAAACACUUAUCAUUGAUGAUUAUAAGUUUUCUGGGGGUCCUGGGUAUCUUCCAAGUAGUUUGAGAUAUUUGGAAUGGAUAGAUUAUGAUUUCAAGUCUCUGUCUUGUAUUUUGAGCAAGGAGUUCAACUAUAUGAAAGUCUUGAAAUUGGAUUAUAGUUCAGAUUUAACCCAUAUACCCGAUGUCUCGGGUCUUCCAAAUCUAGAAAAGUGCUCAUUUCAAUUUUGUUUUAGUUUAAUUACAAUUCACAGUUCGAUUGGACACCUAAAUAAACUUGAAAUCUUAAAUGCAUAUGGUUGCAGCAAACUUGAGCAUUUCCCACCCUUACAGCUGCCCUCUCUUAAGAAAUUUGAAAUCUCUAAGUGUGAGAGUCUCAAGAAUUUUCCAGAAUUAUUAUGCAAGAUGAGAAAUAUAAAAGAUAUCAAGAUAUAUGCCAUUUCCAUAGAAGAAUUGCCAUAUUCAUUUCAAAAUUUCAGUGAACUUCAACGGUUAAAAAUAUCUAGAUGCUACCUACGGUUCCGAAAAUAUUAUGAUACAAUGAAUUCAAUAGUGUUUUCAAAUGUGGAACAUGUUGACCUCGCAGGCAACCUCCUCUCAGAUGAAUGUCUCCCAAUACUUCUCAAGUGGUUUGUUAAUGUGACAUUUCUAGAUUUAUCCUGUAACUACAAUUUCACAAUUCUUCCCGAGUGCCUUGGUGAAUGUCACUGUCUUAGGCAUCUUAAUUUGAGGUUUUGCGGGGCUCUUGAGGAAAUUAGAGGGAUUCCACCAAAUCUUGAAAGCCUUUUUGCAGACAACUGUGAUUCAUUGAGUUCCUCAAGUAGAAGAAUGUUAAUGAGUCAGAAACUACAUGAAUCUGGAUGCACCCAUUUUCACUUCCCAAACACAACGGGAAGGAUUCCUGAUUGGUUUGAGCACCAAAGCAGGGGAGAGACAAUUUCUUUCUGGUUUGAUAAAGAACUCCCUUCUAUUAGUUUUACUUUUAUUAUUAUUCGUCCCCAGGACGAGUACCGGUACCCAACAGUCAAAUUAUUUGUGAAUGGAUAUGAAAAAGAGAUAAGUUGCGACGUAUUCACUGGGAAAUUCGGUGAGCUAGUGGAUAAUAAAACUGUGUUGGAUAACCAUACAACUUUGUUGCAUAUAAAAUUGGAAGAAGAUAAUGAACCUGGUGAAAGACUUUUGAAAAAUGAAUGGAUCCAUGUGGAGUUUAUGUUUGAGAGUUAUUUUUGGUUCGAUGUCAGAAAUACGCAAAUGGGAAUCCACGUGUGGAAGGAGAAAAGCAACACGGAGGGGGGUGUGAGAUUCAUUGAUCCUUCAGAGAAAGGGGAGGAGGAGGGUUUUAGUGACACGGAGGGAGGAGGAUGGAAUAUUAAGCAGUGCACAAGAUGAAAGAAAGAUGUUGGGUACAUUCCUUGGUUUAGGUCCAUCAUAAAGUUAACCGUCUUCUUGUUAUUCUCUCAAUCUCAACAUUGCAGGUGCAUCAAAAAGCAACACGGAUGGGGAUGAGAUUGAAAUAUUAAGCAGUGCACAAGAUGAAAGAAAGAUGUGGGGUACAUUCCUCGGUUUAGGUCCAUCAUAAAGUUAACCGUCUUCUUGUUAUUCUCUCAAUCUCAACAUUGCAGCAUAACUCUAUUGUGUUACCCAUCACAUCUAUUUGAAUGCUUGUUACCUUCAGAGAGGAGAAGCCAUAGCUAUCAAAUUGAAUUUUUAUUUAGCUAUUACAUAAGGAUGAUUCAGAGGCAUCAGAAUCCAUCUCUCGCGGCCUUCAGCUACAACCCUUUAGUCCAGAAAUUUUAGAAGGUGUGGUGUAAUUGAACGGAUCCAAGAUUAAUGUUGUUACAAGAAACCAUUUGCAACUGCCUUUCUUUUUGCAUUGUCAUACGAGAUGUCUAGAGGUGGUGGUUCACACCACAAAAUUCGUUCAAAAGGGAAUCAGGUCGAAACGACUAUGAAGUGCUGAGUUUCUCAAACUAAACUCUCCUUACUGGGGAAGGAGCUUUCAGGUCUGCAAGAAAUUAUGUGGGAUAAAGAAAUAAAUCCGAGAACCGACAUUCAUGAGAUCCUUUUGCAAGAGUCGUGACUUUUGUUCUCCAAAAUCCAAAUCAGCGUUCUUGGUGUAGUACUCAAUGUACAACUCUGGUUUUGAUAUGGUGAGACCUGAUGUAAUUUUUUAUGGAGGAUGUUUGUGCUGCAGAUAUUGUUUGAAUUCGAUUAUUUCAUUACUGUACAUUUAGAUGCAUGCAUUAGAUUAUAGAAUGAACACCAUUUUAGAAGUACAUGUAAAUUAUGGAGGCCAACCUUGGAUAAUGUAUAUUUGAAUGUUUUAUCUAAAUGUGUUCUGAAAAAGCCAAUAUCAGGAACUUUGAUCUUGCUAA